AUGCCCGCUGGUGACGCCGUCGCCGAGCCCAUCGUGGGCGCUGAGCUCCGUGCCGAGGCGCAAGAUGAGCGCAAGGCUUCACUCAUUGUCGCACAGACUACUGCUUCCGAUGCUAAUGACCAGGUGACUGGUGAGGUUCUGGAUGCAGACUUGCCUUCGCCUACGGCCGAUGAGCUGGCUACUCUGCGCCGCAUCCCCGACAAGAUUCCGCUCAGGCUCUAUACUAUCGCGUUUAUUGAGCUCUGCGAGCGCUUCUCCUAUUAUGGCUCGACCGUUGUCUUCACAAACUUCAUCCAGCAGCCUCUCCCUCCCGGUUCAAACACCGGCGCGUCCACCGAACAGCCUGGUGCCCUGGGCAUGGGCCAGCGUGCUUCCACCGGCAUCACCACCUUCAACCAAUUUUGGCAAUAUGUCAUGCCUCUUCUCGGUGCAUACGUCGCCGAUGCGCACUGGGGUCGUUUCAAGACCAUCAGCUACGCUCUCGGCAUCGACCUCGUCGGCCACGUCAUUCUGAUCCUCUCCGCCAUCCCACCGAUUAUCGUCAACUCGUCCGCAUCUGCAGCCUGUCUUAUCCUUGCUGUCCUCGUCAUUGGAUUUGGUACGGGUGGCUUCAAGCCCAACAUUUCCUGCCUCAUUGCCGAGCAGCUCGGCGACCAGAGACUCAUUGUCAAGACCCUCCCCAAAACAGGCGAGCGUGUCAUCGUCGACCCGGCCAUCACAACAGAACGGAUUUACAUGUGGUUCUACUUCUUCAUCAAUGUCGGUGCCCUUGUUGGCCAAAUCACCAUGGUCUACGCCGAGCAGCAUGUUGGCUUUUACCUCUCUUUUACCCUGCCCACUAUCAUGCUGGCUCUCUGUCCCGCCGUCAUGUAUUGGGGCCGCAACCGGUACGUCCACCGCCCGCCCGACGGCUCGGUCCUGGUUCCCGCUUUCAAGACCUUCUUCUUGGCUCAGCGCGGCCGUUGGUCCAUCAACCCUUGGGCAACCUGGCGAAACAUGCACGACGGCACUUUUUGGGAUUCUGUGAAGCCAUCCAAGUUUACCGCAGAGAGCCGUCCCAAGUGGAUGACCUUUGACGAUGCCUGGGUUGACGAGCUGCGUCGUGGUUUCGCCGCAUGCGCCGUCUUUUGCUGGUACCCCAUUUUCUGGCUAUGCUACAACCAAAUCAACAAUAACCUCGUCUCUCAAGCCGCCGUCCUCCAGCGUCAUGGCGUUCCCAACGACAUUCUCUCCAAUCUGAACCCCUUCUCCCUGCUCAUCUUCAUCCCCCUCAACAACUUCAUCAUCUACCCAGCCCUGCGUAAAGCCGGCGUCCGCCUCACCCCGAUCCGCAAAAUCACCGCCGGCUUCUUUGUUGGAGCCGCCGCCAUGAUCUGGGCCGCCGUCGUGCAGUACUACAUCUACCAGAAAUCCGUUUGCGGUAACAGGGCCUCCGGUAAGAUGAUCGACCCUGACACUGGGGACACAGUCAAGUGUCCGGCGGUGGAAAUCAAUGUCUGGGCCCAGACAGGCUCCUACGUGCUCAUCGCCCUCUCCGAGGUCUUUGCAUCCAUCACCUCGCUCGAAUACGCGUACUCCAAGGCUCCUAAGAAUAUGCGCAGCAUGGUCCAAGCCGUCGCGCUCUUCUCUGUGUCGUUUGCGGCUGCCAUUGGCCAGGCCUUGGUUGGUCUCUCGGCCGAUCCCCUGCUGGUGUGGAACUAUGGUGUCGUUGCGAUCCUGGCUGUCAUUGCCGGCACCUGCUUCUUCCUCCAGUUCAAGGACUUGGACAUCAUAGAGGACGAGCUCAACGAGCUUCCUGAAGGCCAGAUGAUGAAGGUGGCAAGCGAUGAGAAGAUUGCGCACCUGGAUGAGAAAAGCACCGCCUAA